GAUCUCUCGAUCGAAUUGGUCGGACCGAUAUGCUAUCUUUGCUUGUCCUUCUAAUAAUAAUCGUAUUGUCGAAUGCGGAAGAUCUCACUGUCGGAGAUCAUCUGCAUGUUUCUCUUCAAUUUCUUCACCAAGAUACACGAACCAAGUGGAUAUCGUUUCCUGCAAACCAAUUACCUCUGUUUAUGAAGCGAAGCACUUCCGUAAUUCCAGUAUCCCUUUCAGAGAUGAAGAUCAACACAUUAAAACCCUUGAAAGUCUGCUUUGAGCUUACCGACAUGCACAUACAAACGUCUUGGAUCACGGUGUAUGAUGGUCGCGGAGUGUUUGCGGAGAAUGUGAAUUUGCUUAUUCUCGUUCGAGACAAAAACGUUGUGUGGGUAGACGUUGAAGUAGAAUACUACAAGUCCAUUUUCCACACGGGCGACCCGCUCCCUGGGAUGAUCAAUGUAAACUUUAAGUGGAACGUGGAGUACUCUUACAACAGUGAUCGGGGAUUUGUGGUGGUGAUGUGGUGUUCUAUGGUUAUAACGACACUGACCGUGCUGGGCGUUAUCUACGUCUCCGAGAAGCAAUACGUAAACGAGAUCCGAAAACAGCAAUUUAGGCAGCCAAUAAAAACGACAAAGUCAGAUUAG